AUGCCUGCUCGAACCGCCCCGGCUCGGGUGCCCGCGCUGGCCUCCCGGGCCAUCUCACUGCCGGACGAUGUCCGCAGGCGGCUCAAAGAUUUGGAAAGAGAUAGCUUAACAGAAAAGGAGUGUGUGAAGGAGAAAUUGAAUCUCUUACAUGAAUUUCUGCAAACAGAAAUAAAGAAUCAGUUAUGUGAUUUGGAAACGAAAUUACAUAAAGAAGAAUUAUCAGAGGAGGGCUACCUGGCUAAAGUCAAAUCCCUUUUAAAUAAAGAUUUGUCCUUGGAGAACGGAGCUCAUCCUUUCAGUCGGGAAGUGAAUGGAUGUCUAGAAAACGGGAGUCAUUCAAGUGGUGAGGACCGCAGAGUGAGAAUGGCAGAGGAAAACAAGUCACCAAAAUCCAUGUCCAAACCUUGCACGCCCAGGAGAAGCAAGUCUGAUGGAGAGACCAAGUCUGAAGUCUCACCUAGCCCCAGGAUUACAAGGCAGUCUACCAGGCAGACCACCAUCACCUCUCAUUUCACAAGGGGCCCUACUAAACGGAGAUCCGAGGAAGACCCUGGAAGAGCCAAUUUGGACAGUUCUGGCGAUGAAGAAGAAAAAGAGCAGGACGAAAAGAGGCGCAGAAGUCAAUCCAGAGACCUCAGAACUGCCAAACGGAAACCUGAAAAAGAAUCACAAGAUUCUGAUGGAAAAGAUGAGGAUGAAAAGGAUGAAAGGAGGCGCAGAAGUCAAUCCAGAGACCUAGCUGCCAAACGGAAAACUGAAAAAGAAUCACAGGAUUCUGAUGGAAAAGAUGAGGAUGAAAAGGAGGAGAAGAGACGCAGAUCGACAUCCAGAGAACCUGAUGAGAAAAAAGUAGCUCAAACCAAAACAGCACUGUCUCCCAAGACCCAGCUUCAAAAGUGCCUUCAGUGUGGACAGUAUCUGGAUGACCCUGAACUAAAGUAUGAACAUCAUCUCCCUAAUGCAGUGGAUGAGGUACCGAUGUUGACAAAUGAAAGACUGUCCAUCUUCGAUGCCAAUGAAUCUGGCUUUGAGAGUUACGAAUAUUUCCCCCAAAACAGACUGACAUGCUUCAGUGUGUACUGUAAACGUGGUCACCUGUGCCCCAUUGACACUGGUCUCAUUGAGAAGGAUGUUAAGCUCUACUUUUCUGGUUCAGCAAAACCGAUAUAUGAUGAUGACCCGUCUCCUGAAGGUGGUGUUAAUGGCAAAAACCUUGGCCCCAUCACUGAAUGGUGGAUCACUGGCUUUGACGGAGGUGAAAAGGCUCUCAUUGGCUUCAGCACCGCCUAUGCGGAAUACAUUCUAAUGGAGCCCAGCCCAGAGUACUCACCAAUGUUCAGCUUGAUGCAGGAGAAGAUCUACAUAAGUAAGAUAGUCGUUGAGUUCCUGCAGAACAACCGUGAUGCGACCUAUGAAGACCUGAUCAAUAAGAUUGAGACCACGGUUCCUCCUUCGGUGCUCAACCUGAAUCGAUUCACUGAGGAUUCUCUCCUUCGACAUGCUCAGUUUGUGGUGGAACAAGUAGAGAGUUACGAUGCGGCUGGGGAUAGUGAUGAACUGCCCAUCUUCCUGACCCCCUGCAUGAGAGACUUGAUCAAGUUGGUUGGGGUCACCCUAGGAAGAAGAAAUGAAAAACGUCGAGCCAUCAGUCAUUCCACCAAGGAGAAGGACAAAGGCCCCACUAAAGCUACCACCACCAAGCUGGUCUACCAGAUCUUCGACACUUUCUUCGCAGAACAAAUCGAAAAGGAUGACAGAGAAGACAAGGAGAAUGCCUUCAAACGCCGGCGGUGUGGCGUCUGCGAGGUUUGUCAGCAGCCCGACUGUGGAACGUGUAAAGCCUGUAAGGAUAUGGUUAAGUUUGGUGGUAGCGGCCGGAGCAAACAAGCCUGCCUAAAGAGGAGGUGUCCCAAUAUGGCCAUGAAGGAGGCAGAUGACGACGAAGAAGAGGAUGACGAUAUCCCAGAGAUGCCGUCACCCAAAAAAAUGCAUCAGGGGAAGAAAAAGAAACAGAACAAGGACCGGAUCUCUUGGGUUGGAGAAGCUGUUAAGACUGAUGGCAAGAAGACUUACUAUAAGAAGGUGUGCAUUGACUCAGAAACCCUGAAAGUGGGGGACUGUGUCUCUGUUAUUCCAGAUGACUCUUCAAAACCACUGUACUUAGCAAGGGUCACGGCGUUGUGGGAGGACAGCAGCCAAGGACCGAUGUUUCAUGCCCACUGGUUCUGUGCCGGCACAGACACGGUCCUGGGGGCCACAUCGGACCCCCUGGAGCUGUUUCUGGUAGACGAGUGUGAAGACAUGCAGCUGUCAUACAUUCACAGCAAGGUGACAGUCGUCUAUAAAGCUCCAUCGGAAAACUGGGCCAUGGAGGGAGGCAUGGAUCCUGAGACCCUGAUGGAAGAGGACAACGGGAAGACCUAUUUCUACCAGCUGUGGUAUGAUCAAGACUACGCAAGAUUUGAGUCCCCUCCAAAAACUGAACCAACCGAGGACAACAAGUACAAAUUCUGUGCCAGCUGUGCCCAUCUGGUUGAAAUGAAGCAGAAGGAAAUUCCCAGGGUCCUGGAGCUGCUCGAGGACCUAGAGGACCGGGUUUUCUACAGCUCAGCCUCCAAGGAUGGCAUCCAGUACCGAGUGGGUGAUGGCGUGUACCUUCUCCCCGAGGCCUUCACAUUCAACAUUAAGCUGUCCAGUCCUAUGAAACGCCCACGGAAGGAGCCUGUGAAUGAAGACCUGUAUCCAGAGCACUACCGGAAAUACUCGGACUACAUCAAAGGCAGCAACCUGGAUGCCCCUGAGCCAUACCGAAUUGGCCGCAUCAAAGAGAUCUUCUGUGUCAAGAAGAACAAUGGCAAGCCCAAUGAGACAGACAUCAAGAUCAGACUGAACAAGUUCUACAGGCCAGAGAACACACACAAAUCCACUGCAGCAAGUUACCAUACAGACAUCAACCUGCUUUACUGGAGCGAUGAGGAGGCCGUGGUGGACUUCAGUGACGUGCAGGGCCGCUGCACUGUGGAGUACGGGGAGGACCUGCCGGGGUGCUUGCAGGACUUCUCAGCUGGCGGCCCAGACCGCUUCUACUUCCUUGAGGCCUAUAAUGCCAAGAACAAAAGCUUUGAAGAUCCUCCCAACCAUGCCCGUAGCCCUGGAAACAAAGGGAAAGGGAAGGGAAAAGGGAAAGGCAGGCCAAAAUCUCAGACAAGUGAGCCAAAGGAACCCAAGGUGGACAUUCAGCUGCCAAAACUGCGGACCCUGGAUGUGUUUUCUGGCUGUGGGGGGUUAUCGGAAGGAUUCCACCAAGCAGGCAUCUCACAAACACUGUGGGCCAUUGAAAUGUGGGACCCUGCGGCCCAGGCGUUCCGGCUGAACAACCCCGGGUCCACAGUGUUCACGGAGGACUGCAAUGUCCUGCUGAAGCUGGUCAUGGCUGGAGAGGUGACCAACUCCCUUGGCCAGAAGCUGCCUCAGAAGGGAGACGUGGAGAUGCUGUGCGGCGGGCCACCCUGUCAAGGCUUCAGUGGCAUGAACCGCUUCAAUUCUCGUACCUACUCCAAGUUCAAGAACUCUCUGGUGGUCUCUUUCCUCAGCUACUGCGACUACUACCGGCCACGGUACUUCCUCCUGGAGAACGUCAGGAACUUCGUGUCCUUCAAGCGCUCCAUGGUCCUGAAGCUCACUCUCCGCUGCCUGGUCCGCAUGGGCUAUCAGUGCACCUUUGGCGUGUUGCAGGCUGGUCAGUACGGCGUGGCCCAGACACGGAGGCGAGCCAUUAUCCUGGCUGCGGCCCCUGGGGAGAAGCUCCCCCUAUUUCCAGAGCCACUGCACGUGUUCGCACCCCGGGCCUGCCAGCUGAGCGUCGUGGUGGACGACAAGAAGUUUGUCAGCAACGUAACUAGGCUGAGCUCAUGUCCAUUCCGAACCAUCACCGUGCGGGACACCAUGUCUGACCUUCCUGAAAUCCGGAAUGGGGCUUCAGCGCUGGAGAUCUCGUACAACGGGGAGCCCCAGUCCUGGUUCCAGAGGCAGCUCCGGGGCUCGCAGUACCAGCCUAUCCUCAGGGACCACAUCUGUAAGGACAUGAGUGCGUUGGUGGCCGCCCGCAUGCGGCAUGUCCCUCUGGCACCGGGCUCGGACUGGCGUGACCUGCCUAACAUUGAGGUGCGGCUGUCAGAUGGCACCAUGACCAGGAAGCUGCGGUACACCUACCACGACAAGAAGAACGGCUGCAGCAGCACUGGGGCCCUCCGAGGGGUCUGCUCCUGUGCGAGCGGCAAAGCCUGCGACUCCUCGGCCAGGCAGUUCAACACCCUCAUCCCCUGGUGCCUCCCCCACACCGGGAACAGGCACAACCAUUGGGCUGGCCUCUACGGGCGGCUCGAGUGGGACGGCUUCUUCAGCACAACUGUCACCAACCCCGAGCCCAUGGGCAAGCAGGGCCGUGUGCUUCACCCCGAGCAGCACCGUGUUGUGAGCGUGCGGGAGUGUGCUCGCUCGCAGGGCUUCCCGGACACCUACAGGCUGUUUGGCAAUAUCCUGGACAAGCACCGGCAGGUGGGUAACGCCGUGCCGCCACCCCUGGCCAAAGCCAUUGGCUUGGAGAUCAAGCGCUGUAUGUUGGCCAAGGCUGAAGAGAGUGCCUCAGUUAAAAUUGAGGAGAGAGCUGCCAAGGAGGAGAGAGCUGCCAAGGAGGAGAAAAAUGCCGAAGAGGAGAAAGCUGCCAAGGAGGAGAGAACUGCCGAGGAUUAGCUCCACCUCCUGCACCCUUGUUUCCGGCACCAGGGAUCCCCAAUGUGCACUGAUGUUGUAUUUUUAACAUGUUGAAAUCUGUCAGUUCAAAUGUGUUGUACACGGUGUUUGUGGCCUUGGCUGACAUGAAGCUGUUCUGUAAGGUUUGCUUACCGACUAAUGACUUAGUGAUCAAAUUGUGCAGUACUUUGUGCAUUCUGAAUUUUAAAAGUUUUUUAUUAUGCAUUAUAUCAAAUUUACCACUCUUUGAGUGGAAAUUAAGACUUUAUGUAGUUUUUAUAUGUUGUAAUAUUUCUUCAAAUAAAUUGCUCCUAUA